ACCGCGCACCGGGCAGCGCCGGUGCCGUUUUCCCCGAAAAGCCGCCGUUUUCUCCCCAAAAAGCGCCCUUCUCGGCCGGGGUUUGGCGGAUCUGAACAGCAGCACGUAACGACGGGGAAGAAAGGGAAGGGCAGGCGGCCAGCAGAGCGGGGCCGGCGGCUCCCGGAGCUACGCGGCUGCUGCCCGGCCGUAGGGGCGGCUGGUGACGGGGGCUGGAGCCUUGGGACGCGGGAAUGACUACCUUUUGUGUGAUGAAACUUUUAUGUCAAGCAACCAGAAAUGAGAAGGGAUAUACAAAAAGAUUCUUUGGUACUCUCCUGACACAGACAACACAGAAUGGAGUCUUUUCUUCAUUCUGCAUGGCUGGACCCGACCCUGGAAAGACAACUGUGUUUGGGCUUGCUCAGCCAUUUUGUACAGCUGAAAAAUCUCACAGAGAACCCAAACGGAAUGCAGCGUUUGGAAGCGUUGGGCGGAGAAUUCCGCAUCGGAUUUUGCACGUCAUCAACCAGGAUGGAGAGAGCUUAGGAAAUAUGCACCGAGCAGAUGCACUCAGACUUAUGGAUCAGCACAACCUGAAACUAGUUCUGCUUCGUGAGAACGUUGUACCUCCUGUGUACAGGCUAAUGACUGGGCAGCAGAUUCAUGAAGAGCAGCUUAAGCGUGCAGAGAAGAAAAAAGCAAGUUCAAAAACAGGGCUGGUUCAGAAGGAGUUAUCCUUUUCUUCAGCUAUUGCUAAGAACGACUUGGAGACCAAGACCAAGCAGAUAGCACACUGGAUUGAAAAGAAGUACCACGUUAAAGUUACCAUCCGCCAAGCGCAAGAUAGCAAUACAGACAUGUUCAUCCUUUUUGAUCGGAUUUUGGAGACCGUGUCUGACAAAGCCACCUACCUUUCCAAGCCAAAAGCUAUCAAAGAAGGAACAAGUACCUGUAUUUUGAGACAUAUGUCUGACAAAGAGUUGCAAGCAUACCAGAAGGCGGAAAAGCAGAAAAACAGUACAGUAAACCACGAUGGAAGUGAAGAUCAGAAGUGAGUUGCCUCAGUGAUUUUAUGAAGAGGUAUAAACAAUAUUAAUUUCUUAUUUAAAAAAAAAAUAAAGUGUUUUUUUUUGUUGUU